AUGCCCUAUCUCAACGGAAACAUCUACGUGAUCACGACCAUUGCGGUCAUCGGCGGUGCCCUGUUUGGUUUCGAUAUUGCGUCCAUGUCGGCCAUCGUCGGCACGCAACAAUACAAAUGCUUCUUCAACCAAGGCGGCGUCGACUCCGACGGCAAAUGCGCCGGCCCAACAUCCAGCACACAAGGCGGAAUCUCCGCGUCCAUGCCGGGGGGUUCGUUCCUCGGCGCGCUGUCAUCCGGAAUAAUCACCGACACGUUCGGUCGGCGGCGUGCGAUUCAGAUCGGGGCAGUGAUCUGGUGCAUUGGGAGUGUUAUCACCUGUGCUUCGUUUAGUAUCGGACAGCUGGUUGUCGGACGAUUCAUUAAUGGGAUCUCGGUGGGGAUCUGCAGCGCGCAGGUUCCGGUCUAUGUGGCCGAGUUGGCGCAGCCGAGUAAGCGCGGGACAGUGGUGGGUGCGCAGCAGUGGGCUAUCACCUGGGGUAUCCUGAUCAUGUUCUACAUCUCCUACGGGAGCAGCUUCCUCUCGGGCUCCGCCGCGUGGCGCCUCCCCUGGGGCCUGCAAAUGAUCCCGGCAAUCUUCCUCUUCGUAGCCCUCUUCUACCUCCCCGAGAGCCCCCGCUGGCUCGCGAGAAAGGGCCGCUGGGACGAAUGCCACAGCACGCUCGCGCUCGUCCACGCAAAGGGAAACCUGCACGACCCCUUCGUGCAGACUGAACUCGCCGAGAUCCGCGCCAUGUGCGAUUUCGAAGAACACAACAAGGACGCAAGCUACCUCGACCUGUUCAAACCGGGUAUGAUCAACCGCACGCACAUUGGCAUCUUCACCCAGGUCUGGUCGCAGCUCACGGGGAUGAACGUCAUGAUGCUGUACAUCACGUACGUGUUUGGGAUGGCGGGACUCAGCGGCAACGCGAACCUCGUCGCGAGUUCGAUCCAGUACGUCAUCAACGUGGUCAUGACAAUCUUCGCGCUGCUGUUUAUCGACCGCUGGGGCCGCCGCACACCACUCCUCAUCGGCUCAACCCUCAUGAUGACCUUCAUGUUCGCAAACGCGGGCAUCAUGAAGAUAUACGGGAAGCCCGCACCCCCGGGUGGAGUGGACUCCGUCGCAGAGGAAUCCUGGGACCUGUCGGGCUCCCAAGCCGCAGCAAAGGCCGUCAUAGCAUGCACAUAUCUCUUCGUCGCAUCCUACGCACCAACCUGGGGCCCAGUCAGCUGGAUCUAUCCCCCUGAGCUGUUCCCCCUUCAUCUGCGCGGCAAAGCCGUGGCCGUCACGACGAGCUCAAACUGGAUCUUCAACUUCGCACUGAGUUACUUUGUGCCGCCGGCGUUUGAGAACAUCAAGUGGAAGGUGUAUCUCCUCUUCGGGGUCUUCUGUGCGGCGAUGACGGUGCACGUUUACUUCUUCUUCCCGGAGACGGCGGGCAAGACGCUGGAGGAUGUCGAUGGGAUGUUUGUGCGCGGGGAGAAGGCGUGGGAGACCCGGGUGCAGUAUCGCGAUAUUCGGCUUGUCGAGCGCGGGGAAGCGGAUAAGGGCGGGGACAUUCGGCGGCCGCAGACUCUGGCGCAGGGUGUGCUGGGUGCACCGGUUAGCGAGGAUGAGCACGAUGGUAGUGUCGCUGGGGAGGCUGAGAGGCCGGGUGGGGACGAGGGGAUGGCGAUUACUGACCUAGGUACCAUCCGUAGUGCAGGUGUCUGA